AUGCAGAGGACACCCUCCAAAACGUCCAAACCGCCAGCGGCCAAGGCGAAAACCGCUAAACAACAAGCCACGUCGAGCAAAAUAGCAAAAAUGGAAACACCGACAUCACCAUCACCAUCAAAGCUACCAAUACCCCCACCCGUACCUUUACCUCUACCCCCUAAUGUAACUAAACUAAUAAGGCAAAGAUCUGAUAUCAUGCCUCCUAAACAAGAAUUAGAUAGUAGAGCAGAAAAACAUUACGACGCCAUUAUCGAAAACCUAAACAAAUCAGGGAACAUAAAAUCAACAAUAAAAGAAAAUAUAAACUUUCAUGCAACAAAAUUGUACCAUAUGUUAGAUUCCAUAAACUGCGAGAUGACAGAUUUAGCCAGAGAGGUACUAGCGGCGGUAAUGGAAAGACUCGACCAGACACCAGUACAAGUAAAACAACAGCAGGAAACAGAAGAAAUAAAGAAUAAACUAGACCAAUUUUUAGAACAAGUAAAGACACAAAAUUUAGAACUAAAACAAGAAAUCUUGGACUUGAAAACGGAAUUAAGAAUAAUAAAGGAGGAGAAAAGCAACAACAAAAUGGUGGAAGAAAUACAAAAACAAAACAUACUAAGCGAAAAAACUCAAAAGGACCUACAGGAAAUUAAAGAAGAGAUUAAAGCAAUACCAACAACACAACCUACACUAACCGAGAAGCCAAUACCAACACCAGCAUCCUACUCGCAAGCACUACAACAACCUUACCCUGACUCUGCUGAAAAA